CGCAGGCCGGGCGGGGCGGCAGGCGGGUUGCCAGCGCGCGGCGCGGGCGGAACCCCGCAACACCGCCCGACCCUGAGAGUGCAAUGCCGGAUUGGGAAGCAGCCGGCUGCUGCGAGGUCUGGGGGCGCGCUGCCUGGCUUCGCAGCGGGAUCCUGUCCACCAUGGCCAGGCGUCCCCGGAGCAGCAGAGCGUGGCACUUUGUCCUGAGCGCAGCCCGUCGAGACGCUGAUGCCCGGGCUGUGGCUCUGGCAGGGUCCACCAGCUGGGGCUAUGACUCUGAUGGGCAGCACAGCGACUCGGAUUCGGACCCUGAGUACUCGUCCCUGCCGUCGUCCAUCCCCAGCGCUGUGCCUGUGACUGGGGAGUCCUUCUGCGACUGUGACAGUCAGAGAGAGGCCUUCUGUGGCAGCCUGCACACGGCCCACCGGGGCAGGGACUGCCGCUGCGGGGAGGAGGACGAGUACUUCGAUUGGGUCUGGGACGACCUGAACAAGUCCUCAGCCACCCUGCUGAGCUGCGACAACCGAAAGGUCAACUUCCACAUGGAGUACAGCUGCGGCACUGCAGCCAUUCGGGGCACCAAGGAGCUGGGGGAGGGCCAGCACUUUUGGGAGAUCAAGAUGACCUCCCCCGUCUAUGGCACCGACAUGAUGGUGGGCAUCGGGACGUCGGACGUGGACCUGGACAAGUACCACCACACAUUCUGCAGCCUGCUCGGCAGGGAUGAGGACAGCUGGGGCCUCUCCUACACAGGGCUCCUCCACCACAAGGGUGACAAGAUGAGCUUCUCCUCACGGUUCGGCCAAGGCUCCAUCAUCGGCGUGCACCUGGACACCUGGCAUGGGACGCUCACCUUUUUUAAGAACAGGAAGUGCAUAGGAGUGGCGGCUACCAAGCUGCAGAACAAGAGGUUCUACCCAAUGGUGUGCUCCACCGCAGCCAAGAGCAGCAUGAAGGUGAUCCGCUCCUGCGCCAGCAUCACCUCCCUGCAGUACCUGUGCUGCUACCGCCUGCGCCAGCUUCGGCCUGACUCCGGGGACACGCUCGAGGGCCUGCCCCUGCCGCCUGGCCUCAAGCAGGUGCUGCACCACAAGCUGGGCUGGGUCCUGAGCAUGAGCUGUGCCCACCACCAGCCUCCCACACCCACACCCUCACCCCCGGCCGAUCCCAGCAGCCCCGAGCCCCAGCGCUGCCAGAGGAAGCGCUGCCGAAGGACCUAGCUCACCCCACGGAGAUGAGGGGCUGGAUGGUGUUCCCCCUCCUUCCUCCCAACACCCCCCAGGGCAACACGGGAAGGUGGGCUGAGCCGCCAGAGGCUGGGACAGGCCUGGCUGUGGAGGCUCCGGGGCCGUGGCCCAGUGAUCCCGAGACCAGGCCUGUCUGAGUCCGUCUGCGUCCUGGGCCAGGUGUGGGAGCAGCCACUUUCCUCAGUCUCAGGGGAGCUGCUGCCCUAUUGCUGCUGGACCCAGGCUGCAGGCCUGGGAGGAGAGCCUGGGGGCUGGGGUCUGCUCUCUGCAAGGAGGGUGGCUUCCUAGGAGUUCAGCCCUUCCUGUGCUGCUGGCCCUGGGUUUUUUAAUGUGCUUUGCAUGUCGUCAGCUGCUGUUCCUUCUGUCUGAGGCUGAAAUGACAGUAAUAAACUUAGAGUCUAUGUCUAA